UUAAACUGAAUAUUUCAGAAAUACCCACUAAUCGUUGGCUAAAGCUCUCUAAUUUUAAACCACGGUAUUGUCUGUCGGAAUUUUUUUGCAACGAAAAUUUAAAUAAAAUAUCGCGUUACUGGUUCAACACAUUAAACCUAUAAUAUGUUUGAAAUAGUGUGGCUCGUGGUGUGCUGUCUAAUUCACUUAUCGAACGGUGAUUGUGUUCCGAGCGAGACAAUUGCCAGCGGUCAUUUGGCCAAAGACGCCAACAGUAUUUGUGCUGGAGAUGUAGUUUUUGAAGAGAACUUCGAUCAGUUUGAUUUGGAGAAAUGGGAACACGAAAUCACUUUGUCUGGUGGAGGGAACUGGGAGUUUCAAUACUACACCAACAACAGAUCGAACAGCUAUGUGGAGAAUGGAAAUCUUCACAUCCGGCCGACUUUUGUCAGUGAUGAUUAUGGGGAAAACUUCUUAAAUUCAGGAACUUUGGAUCUGAACGGAGCAAUGCCAGUAGAUCAGUGCACUGAUUCAUCUUACUAUGGUUGCGUAAGGGCUGGAACCGGCAUCAAUUACCUAAACCCCAUCAAAAGCGCCAAAAUCAAAACAUGCAGUUCCUUCUCGUUCCGAUAUGGCAAGAUCGUUACUCGGGCUAAAAUGCCAAGUGGAGACUGGCUGUGGCCAGCAAUCUGGAUGCUGCCCCGAUUCAAUUCAUAUGGAAGAUGGCCAGCAUCUGGUGAAAUCGAUAUAGUCGAAUCACGCGGCAACAAAAACCUUUUCAAUCCACAAAGCGUUAAUAUAGGAACCCAAGAAGCUGCAAGUACUCUGCAUUGGGGACCAUUCAACCAAGUCAACCAAUGGGCCAAAACCCAUUACAGCAAAAGCAACUCCGCAGGAUACGACACAGACUUUCACGAGUACGAAGUGCAAUGGUCUUCAACAAAUUUCACCUUUUACAUCGAUGGAGAAUUAAUAGGAACAACCAAUCCGCCUGCAGAAGGUUUCUGGGAACUAGGAGGAUUUGAGGAUUCCACUUUCGACAACCCAUGGAAAGGCACCACUCAAAUGGCACCGUUCGAUCAAAAGUUCUACUUGAUCAUCAAUUUAGCAGUUGGAGGCACUAAUUCGUUUUUCGGCGAUGAAAAUGAGAAUCCAGGUGGAAAACCAUGGAAAAACACUUCGCCUACCGCGUAUCGGGACUUUUGGAAAGGUAAAGAUCAGUGGCUACCAACAUGGAACAUGGACAACGACGUCACUCAUUUAAUAGUCGAUUACAUAAAAGUUUUCGCUAUUUAGCUCCUGAUGGCUGAACUAGACUAAUUAUUAUUGCAGUUUAUCUGUUAGCUAUUUAUUUAAGUAUUUUUAUUUAUCUGAUUUAUUGAGCCAAUGAUACUUGAAAUUAAUGAGUGUUAGUACAACCUGAAUGUUAGCUGCAAAACAAUGUAAAUAUUAUCGAUUAAGCCGUAAUAAAUAAGUUCUACGGAAUAA